AUGCAUCUCCGUCGGCAGCCCGCUGCUGUAUCUCCGUCGACAUAUGCUGUCAAGUAUAUUGAAAGAGGACCCAAGAUUCAAAGAGUUGCAGUCUUUUGCAGUGACUACCUGUUCAAGCUUCUGCUUAUUAGAGAUUCUGGUGUUGGAAAAUCUUGUCUUCUUUUGAGAUUUGCUGAUGAUUCAUAUGUAGAAAGCUACAUAAGCACCAUUGGGGUUGAUUUUAAAAUACGUACUGUGAAGCAGGAUGGGAAAACCAUUAAACUUCAAAAUAGGGAUACUGCUGGACAAGAACGGUUUAGGACAAUCACUAUUAGCUAUUACCGUGGUGCACAUGGCAUAAUAAUCGUUUAUGAUGUGACAGACCAAGAAAGCUUCAACAAUGUCAAGCAGUGGCUGAGUGAAAUUGAUCGCUAUGCUAGUGAUAACGUUAACAAACUACUGGUUGAAAACAAGUGUGAUCUUACAGCUAAUAAAGUUGUGUCAUACGAAACAGCCAAGGCAUUUGCAGAUGAAAUUGGCAUACCUUUUUUGGAAACCAGUGCAAAAGAUGCCACAAAUGUUGAACAAGCUUUCAUGGAAAGGAGAUGGCAUGCGCUAGGGCUUGGCUAUCCUUCAGGUCUUCGGUGGGCUGAUAUCGAGCGGGCUGCAGUUAUACACUAUGAUGGAGUCAUGAAACCCUGGUUGGAAAUAGGAAUUGCUAAAUAUAAAGGCUAUUGGAGCAAACAUAUGCAGUAUGACCACCCUUACUUGCAGCAGUGCAAUAUCCAUGAAUAAUUGACAUGAUCACGGCAUAGAAGUGGAAUUAUUUGAUUCAUUAAUGUAAAUUUUUAACCCAAUUUUUACAUCCACAAGUAUUAGCUAA